AUGGCAUCCCUCGCUGAACGCGUGGCACAGCUCGCGCUGUUGACAUUCAACUCCCUGCCUCCAAAAUGUAAACCACGCACCUUACCAGAUGGCACUACCGAAUGGACACCAAUGUCGGCAGUGAUUCUGGCACAAGAAGGACACGAUGCGCCUCUAGCCUGUGUCUCGCUGGCGACAGGUACCAAGUGUCUGUCGGCUUCGGCCUUACCCAGAUGUAAGGGUCUCGUGGUCCAUGAUUCGCACGCGGAGAUCCUGGCAUUGCGCGGAUUCAAUCGAUGGAUACUUUCGGAGGUCGAAGCAAUUCUCCGUGAUCCAGCUUAUAGGUCGCCGUACCUGAACAUCUCCCACCGAGACGACACUGGAAAGGCUUCAGGUUGCCCGUUCAGAUUAAAAGACCAUGUGACCAUCCACUUCUUUUCCACCGAGGCGCCGUGCGGUGAUGCAUCGAUGGAGAUCUUGAUGGACUCUCUUCCUUCCGGCAACACGAAGCCUUGGCCAGUUGACAGCAGUAUUGCCACUUUGCUGCAAGGUCGAGGCUAUUUCUCUCUGCUAGGUCAUGUCCGUCGAAAACCGGCUCGGGGAGACGCCGAGCAAAGUGGUUCCAAAUCCUGCACAGACAAAAUUGCUAUCAAACAAUUCACGAGUCUCUUGUCCUUCCCAGCUGACCUUUUUGUAGAGAAGACUCCAAAUGCCUACGUGAAAACUGUUGUGGUGUACGCCGACAAAUACCACCCUGGAGGAUAUCAGCGCGCAUUUGGGUCGAGAGGACGCUUGUCGCCGCUUCGGGAAGCUGGGAACUUCUUCACAGUUGCACCUUUACCUGUGGACUUCGGCCGUUUCGCCUUUGACAGACGACUGCAAAGUUCUGUCGACUCGACACAGACGAAAUGCAAAACGAGCAACGUUUCGGCCAUAUGGGUACAUGCGGCUGACAUCAACAGACGGGAUGUGGUUGAAGUCCUCAUCAAUGGCGUGAAACAGGGUUACAGGCAAUGGGACGAGAGGUCGACCAAAGCCAGUAUUGUCUCCAGAAAGGAGCUAUGGGUCGUUGGCGCAAGGCUCAGCGGACACCUCGAAAAUCUUGAUAUCGUCGAUGACCCAAGCGGCGAGCUUGAUCGGGAGAGCACUGGCUGUAACACAACGAUCCGAAAGACGCUUUCCGCAACAACAUAUCAAGAGGCUAAAUUGUCAGCACUGAGAAUCCCUCACCAAAUUUCUAAGGAACGUGUCACGGAUACCCUGGGUAACUGGACGAAGAACACUGGCGAUGGUGACUGGACCUGUGGCCUGCCUGACCACCAGAUCCGAUGA